AUGUCUAACAAAGAAAGGACGGAACCUCAGUGGGUAACACCAUCGUCAAAUCAGGUAUCACAGCAAGUGCGUGUUUCACUCACAUUUCCGCUACAUUAAACUAACCAUAUUCAUUGCACCUGUAUAACUAUCAUUUUUGCUCAGACACUCUUUCUGCAUGAAAAGGCACAUUCGUUCCCACCAAAACAUCCGUGUUUAAAAAAAAUGUACAUUCAUUUUUCUGUACUGUGCUCGUCAUAAUUUCUCACACUAAUCUCGAUUCAUGGAACUACUGUAUAUAUUGCAAGCAACACAUUAAAAAUGUUAAAGUGUUAUGUUCGUAGUGAAACCUUUUUUCAGGAUGUUCCACCGGAUUACGAAACAAUUGGAACUAUUUUUGGAUAUGCUUUACAAGCCUUGUCAUGGUUGCUUAUAAUUGUCACGUUCCCAUUUUCAAUGUGCGUAUGCUUGAAGGUGAGAAUAAUUUAAAUAUUUUUCAAUGGCAGCACUAUCAACGCUUUUACAGGUUAUCAAAGAAUACGAGCGUGUGGUGAUUUUUCGAAUUGGUCGUUUGGUGUUCGGAGGCGCUCGCGGACCAGGAAUGAUUUUCAUCAUUCCGUGCAUAGACACUUAUCGAAAGAUUGACUUACGGUAAAUGAAACCAGAUUCUCUGUCACACAACAUCCAAUGCUUCCAGUGUGGUUUCCUACGCUGUACCCCCGCAAGAAAUUCUGUCGAAAGACUCUGUUACUGUUUCGGUGGAUGCCGUUGUUUACUUCCGUACUUCUGAUCCUAUUGCCUCUGUUAACAAUGUUGAUGACGCUAUUUAUUCCACUAAGCUGUUGGCUCAAACCACUCUUAGAAAUGCGUUAGGUUCGUCAUCAUUACGCUUCAUCCUUAAAAUAUGUUUUAUAGGUAUGAAAACGUUGACGGAAAUGCUGACGGAGCGUGAAGCAAUAGCUCAACUUUGCGAAACUAUUCUUGAUGAAGGAACCGAACAUUGGGGAGUUAAGGUAAUCAUGAUGGUAAAAAUGUUUAUAAAUUAUAAAAUAUAUAGGUGGAACGAGUCGAAGUUAAAGAUAUCCGUCUUCCGCAACAACUUACACGCGCUAUGGCGGCUGAAGCUGAGGCUGCUCGUGAAGCUAGGGCAAAAGUUGUUGCUGCUGAAGGAGAACAGAAAGCUUCCCGUGCUCUCAAAGAAGCGGCUGAUGUUAUUCAAGCAAACCCAGUUGCGCUACAGCUUCGUCACUUGCAAGCACUGAACAGUAUUGCGUUAGUCCUCCCUCUAUCUGUUUCCUAUACUCUAUAUUAUUUUUCAGUGCGGAACACAACUCAACCAUUGUUUUCCCGGUUCCAGUUGAAAUGUUUGGAGCAUUCAUGAAAAAAGACCAAUAA